AUGCGGUCCACUCGCGAACGAUAUGAGGAGCGAGACGAAAACAAAAGGGCGCAAAUGAUGUCUGACGGGGGCAGUGUGGAGGAAACACCUUCCACCUCGGGGCUGCUCGUCCCGCCCUCUCUCGCAGCUGUGCUGCGCCCACAUCAGAUUGACGCAUUGCAUUUUUUGUGGAGGAAACUUGUGGAAGAGGGCAUACAACGCGUAAUACAAGCGAGCCCGUUGGCGCCGUUGCCGGAGCGGGUACGUCUCUACCAGGAGGUUUUUGGCUGCAUCGUUGGCCACUCGAUGGGCCUCGGCAAGACCGUCACUAUUUUGAGCUUUCUUAUGCUGCUCCAGCAACAUUACACUGUCAGCAGCAGGUCUGCACCGGCGUUACGUGCCAUUGUGCUGACCCCUCGAAGUUGCACGUAUCAUUGGCAGUGCACCGCGAAAGAGUGGAUGCUCCCUGCGCUGUUCAACGAUACGCUUCUCCCCAUUUACGUGCCACUGGGCUCCCGCGGGACUGAGGCGAUGGUUCUGGAUUUCUACCGCAAGGGCGGCAUUCUUUUUCUGGGCUAUGAAGAGUACCAGAAACUUCUUCGAUGGGCGAAGGAGACCGCAACAAAGUCACAAGGUUACACACGCGUUAAAUCGGUGUUUGACUAUUUUCGUCCACCGCUGCCUCUGAGUGGCAAACUGUCCCUGCUGGAGGUGCUGGAAAGCCCGGACGUGGUGAUUCUUGACGAGUCGCACCGGCUUAAACGGGUAAACUCAAAACUUGUGGGGGAGCUAAUGGAACACCUGCGGGGGGUGCAGCUGCGGGUGGCGCUCACAGGGACUCCGCUGCAGAAUCACUUGGAGGAAUAUAACGUCAUGUAUUCUGUCGUGACGGGGACUAUGAUGCAGUCGGGGUCCUUUCGUCGCCUUUUCACAAUUCCCAUCGAGCGAGGGCAGUGCGUGGACUCAACGUUUCAGCAGUUUCUGGAGAUGCAGAAGUGUGUUGCGUCUUUGCGUCGAUUCUUUGCGAAAACCAUGCAUCACUGCGGGCCGGAAGUUCUUGAGCAGGAGCUCCCACCACGGCGGGAGUACGUCAUACUUGUUGGGCUGUCGCCGACUCAGGAAGCGGCGUAUCGUGCCAUGCUGAAGCAUUACAUCAAGGAAGAAAAAACCCGCAUAAUCCUCCCGCUUCAUCACGAGGCCUCUCACGUCUGUUUUCAUCCUUCAUUGACCUCGAAGCGGUUGCGGGAGGCGACACACUCGUUUCGUGAAAGAGUUGUCUCCCAUUUGUCGCUGAACAACGACGUGGAUGACUGCAAAAAUAAUGGAGGACGGAGAAGUUUUUCCUUGACGUCAUCGGAUGAAGUCUCCUCACACGAUUUCAAUGACGCCGACAUUGAUUUGACCUUGGAGCACUUCAACGUGGCGGAGUCCCCGAAGCUUCUAUUGACUGUUUCGCUUGUGUGGCACAUAAUCGAGGAGUUACACGAGAAGGUGGUACUUUUUUCCACAUACAGGAGCCAUUUAUUUCUUUUGAAGCAACUGCUACGAAAACGAGGGCUGCUGGCGGACGUGAUGCAUGGAGGACUAGAUGUAAAGGACCGUCAGCGCAUCAUCGAACGUUUUACAGAAGACGCAUCUAUUUCGGUUCUGUUGUGCUCUACAAAGGCCAGUGGUGUGGGCAUUAAUUUAGUUGCGGCGAAUCACUGUAUUUUGUUUGAUGUCAGUUGGAAUCCAGCGGAUGAUACACAGGCAACAUACCGUCUUUACCGUUACGGCCAACAGCGGCCCGUGACAGUCUACCGAAUCGCGACCGACGGGACGUUCGAACAUGUUGUGUUCUUCUACGCUCUAAGCAAAACAUGGCUUCAUAAGAAGAUAGUCGACGUGGCAGACCCCACACGGUAUGAGCGCCACAUGAAGGAGAACUUCUUCAUUUACCCUUGUAGGGUGUCGAUUGACUUUGAGCGAAGCGGAAAUAGUGAGGAAAAACGCAGCCCACUUCCAAAUAAUGAUGCGGUACAGAAAAAUUGGCGAGAGUACGCCACUAGCCAUUGCCCAGCUCUGGCACUAACGGAACCGGACGGAACAUUUGCGUGGAUACGCUCCAUAUCUGAACAUUCCUUCUUGUUGCGUGACGAUACGGACGAGGUGAUUCGGGAAAUGGGAAAGCGGUUCGAAACUCAGAAGCAGGGACUUAAUUUGCCAAUUGUCAUGGAGACCACGCAGAACGAGGAUCGACUUUUAGAGGACGUGCACCAUUCAUUACUGGAGCGAUGCGAGGGGGCUUUACAUGACUGUCUCUGCGACGGCGCAGCCCGCUUGCUGAGCACACUGCAGCGGCAGUCUGAUGCCUUUGUGGAAGAUAAAGCGAUGGACUCAGUCGAAAGUGAGAAACUACUGUGCAGCCUAUUUGCGACUCUCGUUGGUGUUGACGAGCCGGCGGAGGGAUUAACAGAGAUUUUUGCCGUGUUAUUUCACCGUGGCGUGGAGGAGGUGAUGCGGACUGUAUUGAGUAGACCAUCAUACACCAAUUUACGUGCGGCCUUUAGUAGCAGGCUGGUCGGCGGCAAUUUGGCAAAAGACUCACUUUUGGACUCGCUGCGCUUUCGCCCUUACACUCUUUUCUCUCGCAUGAAGCCUGUGGAGGCCACAUACGUCUUGACAGAGAUGGGGUUUGUCAGACCGUUUGUGCCACACUGCAUUCUUAUUGGUGUGUCUCUGGCGUUUCACGGGGUCAGGGGACCGAGGGGAGCGCUGCAGGCGUUGUGCCGCAUAUUUGCCUCUUCAGACGGCCGUGACGAUGACGAGAAAACAACCGAGAGUCUGGCAGUGGAGGCAGAGAAGGCUGUGACACGCUGCAUCGAGGGGAUAUGGCCGCCGUGUGAGGGGAUGACAAUUCCAGAGGCCCCUGCCGAUCUGGAGGUGAGGCGCUGUCUCACGGAGAGGGCAUACCGAACCGCAAGGGAGCGGACAAGUGGAUUUUUCUCCCUGAAGGAGGCGGCAAAGUAUCUCGGUCUUCGUGCCGUCCAUGGGCGACGCGACUUGUACCACUGCAAACGCUGCUCGGAUGGUCUGUUGGAUCGCACGCCGCCGGACGCUGUACUGAGGUGCGGGCGCUGCCACUACAAUGCGGAGUUUGAUUUGCAAACAUGCGUUGACACUCGUCACGCAUGUGCUCUCUAUCAGUUGUCCGUGCUUUUCGGACUCCUUGACGCCUUUUCCGUCUCGCGUAGUUUCACGACGGCGUUUGUCCCGAGUGCAUGUCGUGAUGUCCUUCAAGUCCUUCGGCAGCUGCGGCACUCGCAUACGGUGGAAAUGUCGAAUAACUUUGUUUCCGACGCGGUAAGCAUGGGGAUCGACGUGCUUAUAUCGGGCCUCCCGGAGAAGACGGUUUCUCUGUUGUGCCUGCAGUGCGGCGUGACGGAUAUGACGGCUUUGAAGAGUUUCUUGGUGGCGGAUUCGAGUCGUGUGUGGUCGGCAGUGCUACGGAGUCAUGUUCGGCAGUUGGUGAUGGAUUGGUUCAAGGCAACGACGGCGAUGGGCCCCAAGGCACAGGCGAUGGCAAUGCCCGAGAUGACAGUGGUGCUCGCGUUGCAGUCUCUCGCGAGGAAAUAUGGCGGUGGCGGUGCAUAUGCCAAGGACCUCCUCUUGGGCUCCACGCAAGGCCAAGAGGCGUUGAAGUUGCGCUUCAUCUGCGAUGGGCUUGUGAAACUCAUUUAUGCCGAGCGGCUUCUGGCGAACCCACUCACUCGGGCAACCCUUGAUGCCUUCAUGGAGUACGCGACCCCCAGCGAAAGCAGUGACGGCAGCGGGAGUGAAAAUAGCGGCCAUAACAGCAGCGGAGGUAGAAGAAGCAGAAGAAGCAGCACCCGCGGAAGACGCAGGGGGGAAUUUGAGAGUUGUAGUAACGCAUCGUGUUCAUCAAAUUCUUUGAGUAUUGCUUCUGUUUCCCGUCGUGUUUGUGCGAGGAAGCGACGGCGGCAUACAUCACAAUCAUCCUCUUCUUAUUCCAAUGCCUCUGUCGCAUCGUCGUCAUUCAGCUCGUGCUACUCCGAUGAUGAUGACGGUGAAAAAACGGCUUCAGACUCGAAGAGUGUAGCUGAGCGUGCCCGUCGGGAACUGAUAGAAUCUGAGGAGGUGCUGCGUCUGCGGUCGGUGCAGUAUUGGGCGGCUUACUGUGAGGUGUAUGGCACGUGUAGCAUAGAGUCACUGACAGUCAUGGUGGAGGAUGAAGAGAAUGGAAUGACUAUUCUGCCGCCUCCCCCGAACAGCUUCUGGGUGAGUGAGAUGAAGCGGGUAACACGAGAGGGCAUGCGACUGGAUAGCGUGGUGAACGAGUUUCUUGCAAAGAUCAUGACGUUGAGUACGGCAAUGCGCGUUAUCAAGUAA